GACAAUUGGAAGGUAAACGUGGGACGAUUGAAGGCUGGUUUCGUUUUCUAUUGUGACCGAAAAUGGGUUCGUUGUUCCGGAGUGAGGAAAUGCAGCUAUCCCAAAUGUUUCUGCACACAGACAUAGCCUAUAUGUGCAUAUCGGAGUUGGGAGAGUUAGGACUAGUGCAAUUUCGAGAUACUGUGCCAGGUACCAACGCAUUCCAAAGAAAGUUUGUGAAUGAAGUUCGAAGAUGUGAUGAAAUGGAAAGAAAAUUAAGGUUUCUGGAGAAGGAGAUUGAAAAAGAUAAAUUUCCUAUACUGGACACUGACGAAAAUCCAGAAGCUCCUGCUCCACGUGAAAUUAUCGAUUUGGAAAGCAUUUUUGAAAAACUAGAAAAUGAACUAAAAGAAGUGAACUCAAGUGCCGAAAAGCUGAAAAAGACGUACUUGGAAUUGUCGGAACUGAAACAAAUCUUGCGUAAAACGCAGAUAUUUUUUGACGAAGUAAGUUCGUAUGUUUUCCCUUGAGUUUAUUCUUCAGUCCCAAAUUCAUUCAUGACAUACAUAAAGUAAUUUAUUUAUGAUGACCUGGUUCAGAGAUGUGUUUCAGAAUGUUUUUACAGUUAUGGUCUGUCUAGCAUGAUAAAAAUGGUAUACAAAAGUGGUGGUACCAAAGUUUACUUAUUCGUAUGCUAAGAGUAAUUUGAAGUUUUGUCUAAACAUAGUGUCAGGUUAGCCUUCGUUCCUCCGCUUGAGAGUUAGGCGAGUUUUCGCGUGAUAGGUUUAUCAGUUACCGGUUGAACUAACCAGCUGGUUAUUAUAAAUUACUUAUCAUUCAGAAGUCGGUUUCUUGUUAUUAAUUUAGUUGUCAAUGUAAACCUACUCGUCUUCCUUUGGUCCAGGCGUUAGUGCGCACACAGCUACCUGUACAGUACAUAAAUAUGAACCGCUAGUCCUGCUAUCAUCACCACUACGGGAUUUGAACAGGUUGUGUCGUCUCUGCGCUAAUGCGGUAUGGCAGCCUGAACUGAUGUACUUACGUACGAAGUUCCACGUAUUAACUUCCUGCCGACAUAUAACUCGUUAGUUUCCCACGGCUUUUUGAUGUGUAUUAAGGAGAAUCUGCCAUAAAUUUCCUUGUUACUUUCUUGAUUGAUUGUGCUGGUUUUCAAAUUUUGGAUAAGUUCACUAUUGUGCUGGUUUCUGUUUAUCGUUGCUGACCAACUACGAUAAUAGGUCUUAUUUCCAAUUAAGUAUUAGGAGAGCUGAUUGAGUAAGUCAAAUUAAAUAUACAGUAGCGGUUUACUGUGAUAAGUAAAUCAGAUUUCAAAGGAAUCUGAAUGUCGAUUAUGCCCUAUUUGGAAAACCGUAACAGGUGAUCAAAGUACUCAAAUCUCAUUAAGUUAUCUUCGAAAUCCAAUUGCUUUUCACUUGUCUAGGUAGUGUCUGGUAAAGAAAGUCCAUAUUGUUGGAGUUUAUUUCUCUUUAUUCAGUUAGCUAAACAUUAUUGACAGUUAGAGUACUCGACUACUCACUGUUAGUCAAUACUUGAAACGCAUACUUCAAGUUACAGAUAAGACUUUACUAAGUGACGAAUACCAUAUUAUUGGUCGCUGAUGACUCAAAUCGCCGGUAUUAUUUGUCCACUCAUAAUGGUUAGGAAUAUGACAGACCUUGGUUUAGUCUGGGUUACCAACUUUGGUUUCAAAUAACAGCUAUUAAAUUUACUACAACCAUCUGAUAUCCUUAAUUGUCACAUAACAGAACACAUUUGCGGCGUUUUUGAGCGUGAUUAAGUUGGUACGGUUAGCUUACGGAUUAAGACGUAGGCUACCUUAGAGAUCGGCAAGUUGUCGGUUGCUCUUUUCCUUGUAUUGCAUGUGGUUAUACCUAAUUGCCUGAGCCGUUGUCUGGUCCUUUUGUCGGUUCGUCCGACUUCGGUGUUGUACUGCUGUGAAUAAAUUAGUGCCAAGCUUUACCGAUUGAACGUUUGACCAUACCUUCCAAUGAUUUGCCCCUUCGUCGACUGAAUCGCGAACAGGCUCUGCACGAUCCUGCAAUGUCAGAAGAAAAUAUUGGGCUCCUCGGUGGUGAAGGAGUGGGUGCUACUGGUGCUGCUGGUGGAUUACGAUUGGGAUUUCUUGCUGGGAUCAUCCUUCGUGAACGGUUACCGGCUUUCGAGCGUAUGCUGUGGCGGGUGUGUCGGGGAAAUGUUUUCCUUAAGCAAGCAGAAGUUAAUGACCCGUUAGAAGAUCUAACAACGGGUAUGCCAGUCAACAAAUCCGUAUUCUUGGUAUUCUUUCAAGGUGACCAACUUCGAACCCGUGUCAAAAAGAUUUGCGAUGGGUUCCAUGCAACUUUAUAUCCUUGUCCAGAUUCACAGGCUGAUCGACGUAAUAUGGCCAUCGAAGUAAUGGGUCAAAUCCAAGAUUUAGAAACAGUGCUAACACAAACUAAGCAACACCGACAGCGUAUUUUAGAGACGGCUGCGAAGAAUUUACGUGUUUGGUCUAUAAGAGUUAGAAAAAUCAAAGCUAUUUAUCAUACUCUAAAUUUGUUCAACCUUGAUGUAACUACAAAAUGUAUGGUUGGCGAAUGCUGGUGUGCAGUGAAUGAUGUGGAUAAGAUUAACUUGGCUUUACGUCGUGGUAUGGAGCGCAGCAAUAGUACUUUACAACCGAUUUUAAAUGGAAUAGUAACUACGGAAAAUCCUCCAACAUAUCAUCGGACAAAUAAAUUCACCUAUGCUUUUCAAAGUAUCAUUGAUGCUUACGGAGUUGCACGUUAUCGAGAAGUCAAUCCAGCACUAUUCACAGUCAUCACAUUCCCAUUCCUUUUUGCUGUAAUGUUUGGAGAUGCUGGUCACGGAUUGCUUAUGUUUCUUUUCGCCUUGUGGAUGGUUGUAUGUGAGCGAAAAUUAGGCGCUAAUAAGUCUGGAGGUGAAAUUUGGAACAUAUUUUUCAAUGGUCGUUAUAUCAUACUUCUCAUGGGUCUGUUUUCAAUUUAUACUGGAUUGAUAUACAACGAUAUAUUUUCUCUAUCUGCCAAUAUUUUCGGUUCCUCAUGGUAUCCAACAUACGAUAAUAGUGCUUUAGCAAAGGAACUUAGACUCCAGUUAGAACCUCGGACAAGUGUUAAUAUGUCAGAUCGCAUGUAUGCCGGAUAUCCUUAUCCUUUUGGUUUAGAUCCUGUAUGGCAGCUAUCUGGUAAUAAAAUCAUGUUGACAAAUUCCAUUAAAAUGAAAAUGUCUGUCGUCUUGGGAGUACUACACAUGUUGUUGGGUAUUAGUUUAGGUGCUUUCAAUUACAGAAAUAAUAAAGAUAACCUAUCGAUUUGGUGCUUACUACUUCCUCAAAUCCUUUUCCUGUCAUGCAUCUUCCUCUAUUUGGUGAUAUUGAUCUUCUUCAAAUGGGUCGCGUAUACGGCAGAAACGGCCUCCUCUGCACCAAGUCUUCUUAUUGGUCUGAUCAACAUGAUCCGAUUCAGCUAUUCGGAUGAAAUUCCUCCUUUGUAUUCUGGCCAGAAAGCUGUUCAAAGUAUAUUGAUGGUUGUUGCAGUUAUAUGUGUUCCUUGGAUGUUGUUAUCUAAACCCUUAAUCUUGUAUAUGCGUCAUCGGGCCAUCAUGAAGGCUCGUGGCCCUGACAGUCAUCCUGAUUUGUCAACGAAAUCAUCCGAAAAGAUAACAUUAGACGGUAGUGAUCUUGGCGAUACAAGUGGUGUAGGUUCGAUGGAUGUGCCUGUGGAGUCUUUUGAUUUCGGGGAUAUGAUGGUCCAUCAAAGUAUUCACACAAUUGAGUUUUGUUUGGGUUGCAUUUCCAACACAGCUUCUUACCUCCGUUUAUGGGCUUUGAGCUUAGCUCAUGCGCAAUUGUCAGAAGUCCUUUGGAGUAUGGUCAUGAGAAUGGGUUUGCGUAUAUCUGGUCUUUACGGCGGUGUCGUGUUAGCAUUCAUUUUCGCAUUUUGGGCUGUACUAACUGUCAGUAUUCUUCUAUGCAUGGAAGGACUAUCUGCUUUUCUCCAUACACUUCGUCUCCACUGGGUGGAGUUUCAAAAUAAAUUCUACAGCGGCGAUGGUUAUCCUUUCGUUCCAUUUUCCUUCGAUCAUUCUAACAGUGUAGUAGAUAAUUAGAAAGAGAUCUUAUUGUUUUACUACGCUGUCUAUGUUCUUUAAAUUUAUCCGCCUAAAUGUUGUGAUAUGUCUUUUAAAAUCCAAUAAUUAUUUCAUCUACAGGAAACUUUUAAUAAUUAUAUGCUUGUUAUUUAUUUAUUUAACUUUCAAAUCAUCAUCUGCUUAACUGAUUUUCUAUCCUUGAUUACUCUCCAUUGAUCGAAUUUAUUUAUUGUUGUUAGAUAUAAUAAUAAAUCUAUUUAAAUUUA